AUGUACGCUAACGUCAAAUCGAAGAGUGAAGUAUUGGCACUCCCAGCCUCGACCAUUGAAGAGUUGUCGUCUCCCGAAGCUCGUGGGAGGGAAGAUAUGGCGUCGUCCAAGGUUCCAUUGACAGUUCUUUUGCCUUUACUUUCGUUCCUCCUGUACAGUCAGUCGGCCAACCUUUGGAAGUUAGCGGGCCGAGCAUACAUCGAUAGGACGAGGCUUGUCCGAUGGCAAAACAGCACCGCGCUCAACAGUGACAACUGCAAAGUCUAUCACGAAGCCAAUGCAUGUGAGGAUGUAAAAAUCCAUUUUGCAUCGUCGACGGCAUUUCUGGCAUGCGGGGAUCCUCUGGAAAGGACACAUUGGUACCCUUGCGCUGGUGUGCGCACUGUCGAACGCCGGUCCGAGACAUCGUUCCGGGAGUUUCUCUUCAAGCACGACCUGAAGACUGGCAAGACCAGCGAGCUCGAUAUUCGAGGGUUGGAAGGCGACUUUAUCACCCAUGGUAUCGACAUCUUCCCGGUAGCCGAGGACUCUUCGAAGAUCCAUAUUUUCGCCGUCAAUCAUGCUCGGGAUGGAGACUCGAUUGCAAUCUUCCUCCAUGAACUCGGCUCCAAUGUCGUCGAGCUUGUGAAGAACGUCAAACAUGCCAACAUCAAAACAGCGAACGGAGUUGCUGCUGUUGGUUCGCUGGAGUUUUAUAUCACCAACGAUCAUUACUUCGCAGGCGGCAUGAUGCGUGACCUAGAAGAGAUGUUCGGUCCUUGGGGCUGGGCAACUCAUGUUCAAUACUGCGAUGCCAGUACCGAGGACGUCUUGUGCAGACAAGUGACAGACACCUUCCCGGGUGCAAAUGGUCUCAACCUGUGGAAGGAUCGAUUAUUUGUGGGAGACUCCAAGAAUGGGACCGUAACGAUAUUCGAGAUAGACAAAGACAAAUCCGUGACCCAGCUCCAAAUGGUGGAUCUGGGCGCCGCAGCAGACAAUAUCAAUAUCUUGCCUACGACGGGAGAUCUGCUCGUUUCAGUGUUCCCCACGUUGGAAGAUCUGCCAAAGUAUCUUGCAAACGUGAAGUCGCUCGGUAAAGAUUUGUUGGUACCGGCCGCGGCGCUUCGCCUCAGACAGGCGAAGGGUUAUGCUCCGGAGCUUGCUUAUUUCAACGAUGGUUCGGUAAUCAGCUUCCAAACGGCGGCGGCGGGCGACCCAUAUCUCGACCUUUACAUCAGUACAGGUGUCCUUCAGUUCGGAGGGUUCGCAGUCUGCAAGGUGCCUCCUGGUACCUUUGCAUAG